AAUCACAUGUAAACAAACACCACAUCAACCACCACAUCGUUGACCUCAUCAGCCGCAGAUAAUUUUUGUUCUCUGUCUGUAAAGUUUGAGUUGUGAACACCCUAAACUUCUUGUCCGCAAAUUUCAUAGAAGGAAAAUGUGAAGAAUCCCAUGGUGUGAAUUUUUACUCAGGCGCUUUUAGUUUAAUAUUGUCGCUAAUUGUGAAGAUUUAAAAAUAAAAUGAGUUGUUCUCAAGUGCCCAUUUUCGCAACUGUUUUGCUGAUUUUCAGUUUGAACUAUUGUUCUGGUAAUCCACAGCUUUUGGACCCACAGAAUGGGAACUGUGAAAAGCUGAUUGAAGACUAUGCAGAUAAAAGUGCAACAUACAUGUACUGCGCAAUACUCAAUGCAAGACCCUUUACUUUUUGUGAAUCCUGUAUCGGAGGCUACAUAGACGUACUUUCAGCAUAUUUAGAAAUUUAUGAGAUGCAUGACAACGAGACUGGAGAAUCAUGCAAAGACAAACUACUGAACCAAGACAGAGUUGAGAUUUUAGAGGAAACCUUCAAAUCCCUAGCUAAACUGUGGGGCAGAAGCGAGUGUGAUAGCUGUUUUGAGUUUUCUGCAAAUGGCACAUUGACCAAUAAUUUAAGAAACUCUACCCUGGAAUUUAAUAGACUCCAGUUGCUAGUUAAGGAGUGUAUUGACGAACACUUAAAUGACACUGUUAGUGUCUGUGAUACUUGUCAAAAGCCUUAUCAUAACCUGAAUUUGUACUACAACAACAUAAAAAUGCAGGCAGAAGAUUCCGAAAAUGGAAAUGUCUGCAUGGACAUAUUAGAUCUGAUGAAUGGAACACGGAGUCUGUGGAGUCAUGAGCUGUUGUGUUUACCCCAAAGAAGGCCUCAAAUUCCUCUCGUCGUUAUUUCGUCUCUUAUAAUGUCUCUUCCUCUUUGGCUUUAUGGCUUGUCAUUUUGCUUCAAAAAACUUAGCACUAGAGAACAUGCGACUGAUUAAUUUUUUGUAAAAAUACAUUAUUAAUAGAAUAUUCAAAUUCCAAAGAAGCAAAAUGUCAAAAAACUUAUAAACAUUAAGAAGAAGAUAAAUAAUGUAUCAAAAGUGUUAAAGGAAUAAAUCAAUAUGGAAGUAUGUAAACAGAAAAAGUCAAAUAAAAGUAGAGCAUUAAAUUUAAUAAUAAAAUUCUAACUUGGUUUAUCAAUGUUAGAAAAAUAUAAUAUUAUUAACUUUAUUAUUGUUGAAAAAAGUCUAAAGGUAUUACUAAAAUUUAUUUUGAAAAC